UGUGGCGCCCUCCUUGUGCUUGUCUUGGGAGGGGCAAUUGCUGAACAAACAGGGGAGGGAAAUCCUGCCUCUGCUUCUCUCUCUGCCUGACCAGCCGUUCCCCGGCCCGGCCUCUGGUGCCCUCUCAGGCCUGGCUCCAUCCUGGCCCUGUGUGUGGAAGGGACGCGGGGUGUGGGGGUGGCGUGGGGUGUAUAGAAUACUCAGGGCAUGGCCUUACCGAAUGCUCAGAAAAAUAGCCCCCAGCCCUGGGGCAGGAAGAGGCGUUUACUGAGCGCUCACUGUGUGGCCGGGCUCUCGCAUGUCGCAUGUCGGAGCUCCCUGACGCUGCCCAGCCACCCUGGGGUGUCCCAUCAAGGUCUCCAGUUUUCAGAAGAGGAAACUGGGGCUCAGGGUCGUGAGGGGAGGCUGUGAGCAGAGGUGGGAAUCCCGCUCAGAUCUCUCUGGCCACCAAACCGUGCUCUUAACCACAGCUUGCCUCUCUCAGUGGGGCUGCAGGGGAAGGCGGUAAGGGGCUCAGACCGGGCUCUUUCUUUCACUUCUCUUUUAUCUCCCCCAGAGACCACGCCACUGGCAGCUGUCCCGGACCCUCCUCAUGAACGAGUUCGUGCCCCUGCUGCCUUGGGCACCUCCACUGUCCCAGGACAAUGCCCAGGGCUUGUCUGACCCUGCAGCUGAGCGGCAGAGGCAGCAGCCACGGGGCGAUGAGGCGCAGAGCCUGGCCCCCGAGCCUUGGAGGCUCCUGGAGGUGCCCGAAAUUCACAUAACACCAUCCAGUGAUGGGGAGUCACCCCCCUGCACCCCGACCCCACAGCGCUCGCAGCGGCCGAGGACCCCAGACCUGGAGAAUCUGUCCCAGGACAGCACCACCCCCCACUCUGGCCGGAGCACGCCCAGCAGCUCCCCAUCUCUCCGUAAGCGGCUGCAGCUCUUGCCCCCAAGCCGGCCUCCCCCUGAGCCGGAACCAGGCACCAUGGUGGAGAAGGGGUCAGAUAGCUCCUCGGAGAAGGGUGGGGUGCCCGGAACCCCCAGCACCCAGAGCCUGGGCAGCCGCAAUUUCAUCCGCAACAGCAAGAAGAUGCAGAGCUGGUACAGCAUGCUGAGCCCCACUUACAAACAGCGUAAUGAGGACUUCCGGAAACUGUUCAGCAAACUCCCCGAAGCCGAACGCCUCAUCGUGGAUUACUCCUGUGCCCUGCAGCGCGAGAUCCUCCUGCAGGGCCGCCUCUAUCUCUCUGAGAACUGGAUCUGCUUCUACAGCAACAUCUUCCGCUGGGAGACAACGAUUUCCAUCCAGCUGAAGGAAGUGACGUGUCUGAAGAAGGAGAAGACAGCCAAGCUGAUCCCCAACGCCAUCCAGAUCUGCACGGAGAGCGAGAAGCAUUUCUUCACUUCCUUCGGGGCCCGCGACCGCUGCUUCCUCCUCAUCUUCCGCCUCUGGCAGAACGCGCUGCUUGAAAAGACGCUGAGUCCCCGUGAGCUCUGGCACCUGGUGCACCAGUGCUACGGCUCGGAGCUGGGCCUCACCAGCGAGGACGAGGACUAUGUCUGCCCCUUGCAGCUGAACGGUCUGGGGCCCCCCAAGGAGGUGGGCGAUGUGAUUGCGCUGAGCGACAUCACCCCCUCGGGGGCAGCUGACCACAGCCAGGAGCCAAGCCCCGUGGGUUCUCGCCGUGGCCGCAUCACCCCCAACCUUUCCCGAGGCAGCAGCGACGCCGACCACGGGGCAGAGGAGGACAAGGAGGAGCAGAUGGACAGCCAGCCCGAUGCCUCCUCCAGCCAGACGGUGACGCCAGUGGCCGAACCCCCCAGCACAGAGCCCACGCCGCCCAAUGGGCCCGCCUCCCUGGGCCCCUUGGACCUCCUGCCCAGUGAGGAGCUGUUGACGGACACGAGUAACUCCUCUUCGUCUACCGGGGAGGAAGGUGAGGCAGCUGACCUGGCCGCCCUGCUCCCUGAUCUCUCUGGGCGUCUCCUCAUCAACUCUGUCUUCCACGUGGGUGCUGAGCGGCUCCAGCAGAUGCUCUUCUCGGACUCGCCCUUCCUCCAGAGCUUCCUGCAGCAGUGCAAGUUCACAGACGUGACCUUGAGCCCCUGGAGCGGAGACAGCAAGUGCCACCAGCGUCGGGUGCUGACGUACACCAUUCCCAUCAACAACCCACUGGGCCCCAAGAGCGCCUCCGUGGUGGAGACGCAGACGCUGUUCCAGCGCGGCCCGCAGGCCGGCGGGUGCGUGGUGGACUCCGAGGUGCUGACGCAGGGCAUCCCCUACCAGGACUACUUCUACACGGCCCACCGCUACUGCAUCCUGGGCAUUGCUCGGAACAAGGCCCGGCUCCGAGUGUCCUCCGAGAUCCGUUACCGAAAGCAGCCGUGGAGCCUCGUGAAGUCGCUCAUCGAGAAGAACUCGUGGAGCGGCAUCGAGGAUUAUUUCCACCACCUGGAGCGAGAGCUCGCCAAGGCGGAGAAGCUGUCCCUGGAGGAAGGCGGGAAGGACGCCCGAGGGCUGCUGUCAGGCCUGCGGCGGCGGAAGCGGCCCCUGAGCUGGAGGGGUCACGGUGACGGGCCCCAGCACCCAGACCCUGACCCCUGCGCCCGGGCUGGCGUGCACACCUCAGGCGCCCUGGGCUCCCACUUCUCGGACUCGUCCUCGGACCAGGGCCUGGGGGCAGGCAUCCCCAGCGCCCUGGUGCUCAUCAGCGUUGUCCUCAUCAUCCUCAUCGCCCUCAACGUCCUCCUCUUCUACCGCCUCUGGUCCCUGGAGAGGACGGCCCACUCCUUCGAGUCCUGGCACAGCCUGGCCCUGGCCAAGGGCAAGUUCCCCCAGACGGCCGCGGAGUGGGCCGAGAUCCUGGCCCUGCAGAAGCAGUUCCACAGCGUCGAGGUGCGCAAGUGGCGGCAGAUCCUGCGCGCUUCUGUGGAGCUCCUGGACGAGAUGAAGUUCUCCCUGGAGAAGCUGCAUCAAGGCAUCACCGUCUCGGACCCUCCCUUCGAUGCCCCGCCCCGGCCGGAGGACAGCUUCUCCUGAGGACGCCUGGCCCUGCAGCCGUCCUCUCAAAUGGACAGACACACACAGCCACGGCGGCCACUGCUGGCACGGUGUGAGCGCCCGGCACCUCCGCCCGCCCCUCCCGGCGGCCCGACCAGGGACCGUGCAGACGGGACCACAGGACUGAGAUGCACUUUAGACCAGGGAGCUGGCCUGGCCCUCGGCAGGCCCCCCACUAACUUAUUUUGCCCGGCUGGGGUUGUGGGGGGGGCACCUCCUGGGGUGCACGAUUCCCUCAGCUCUGGGUUUAAUGUAUUAUAUUUAUCUGGGGCCGGCAGAGCCCCAAUAAAGGGUUGGAAAUCGC